AUGGUCGAAACCCUCCGUGCUGCUCCUGGAAUGUCCAGGCGGCCUACCACCCCCAAUAUUUUAGCAGGAACGAAGCGCAAGCCAACAACCGCCACCACUACUGCCAAUAUCACCCGGAGCGGUCCUGAAGGUACACCAUGGACUUCUUCCCGAGUCUCAGUGCUGGCACUGAGUUCGUCUACGCUAGAGCCAGUCACUCCCACUCCCAACUCAGUUCCUUCAUUCACUCCUCUGUCUCGUUCAAAAGCCCUCAAUCUCAAGAAAGCCCUUGAAAUAAAGAACAAACCCAGGAAGGCCCUCCGAGACUUGCAAAAUAUCACCCUGGUCCAAGAAGAGCAUGCAAUUGAGACAACCGAAGCGUUCAAGUUGUUGUACAGACUAUUCGUUCCAAACAAGUACUUGAUAAAAAACAAUCGAGUAUCGACUAAACAUCUUUUGAACCAUCUCCCCUCCAUAAUUCCCACGUCUUCCACACAAGACGCUAAUACCUACAUCGAUUUAAACUUUCAAAUUCAUCUUUUCCUCAGUACAAUUAUGGUGCAAUUUGUCAAUUCGUGGUACUUGACCAAACUCAACACAGACAACUUGGAGUUCGUUCUGUUAGUUUAUCAAUUGAUUUGCGACAUCAUCAAAGAUUUGAGUAACCGAAUCAAUGUGCUCUUGAAGAGUGAUAAGAGUAUUACUGAUGCCAUUGAUCAAAUAAGUGAGAUUUUGAAUGUGCAUUUAUCUGAACUAGUUUGUGAGAAUCCUUAUGACGAGUACGACAUCAAGAUUCUCAAUGACCACUACGAUACCAUAUAUCUGAGAAAUUCUUUGAAAAAUCAUACUCGAGAUUUGCAGAAACCUCUCAUGGCCUAUUUGACGCAAAGACAUCUUAUUUUUGACUCGGAAAUAGCUCCUGAUGUCAUCGAAUCCCAAUUUGUGGAUCCAGAAUCAUCCAGCGAUUCAAUUUUUGCUAACGACACCCUUGACCAGAUUGAAAGAGAGAAAUUGGAACAAGAGGGUGAAAAGCCCAUUCUGGACACCAACAGAGUAGUCUACUUCAGAAUUAUAGUUAGAAAAAUAUUGGGAAGCAUAUUCGAUUCCGGAUCUGAAGCAUACAGUAUCACCCCUUUAAACUCAAAGAUAUCUACCGAUUUGAUUGUCUUGCUUCUUGGAGAUCUUGUGUUGAACAAAAUAUUUAUGAAACUAGCUUCACCAGAUUUCAUCUUGAAGACGGUCAUUAAUUCCACCGUCGAUGCAAUUGAUGAGGUGUUGGAAAGCAAGAUCAAUACCCCAAAGGAAGCGAAACCUCAACCCUUGAAGCAUAGAAUUCAGUCUGCAAUUAGCAAGGCGUAUUUGAGUAUAAGCCAUCUUGUGGUGAACAUAUCUAGUGCUAAUUUCGUGCCUUACAUGGUAGGGUCUUCGACAGAAGACACCACAGCCACAGAACCACGUUUAAGUUUCCUCGAGAAUUCGGUAUUCAAGCUUGUGGAUACGUUGACAAACUUCUCUAAAAGAAAACCUUUGUGCACAAGUGUGCUUAAGUUUCUUAAGGAUUACAUCUUUGUUCAUCCUGUACUCGCAUCCAAAGUCGAUAACGCUUUUCUGAAAUUCGUUUCCAGUAGGGUAUUGAAGUCUAAACCGUUGAGUGAAGAAUUUCUUUGUGGAAUCGUGGCCAAGCUCAGGAUUGAUUUGUUCGAAAAUGACAAAAUAGAGAACAUCGAGCAGUCGGAGAUCACUAUAGAUGUAUUGGUGGAGAAAAUAUUUGCGAUUAUUGACAAGAUGCCUAAAGUGUUACCAUCUGUUUUUGUUCAUACUAAUUUAUUCCGAUAUCACAACGAGGACGACAAAGAUUUGAGGGCAUCGAUAAGGAAGAUACUUGUGAUAUUUAACUACAGCGAACCUGGCUCCAACAAGUUGAAUGAUUCAUGUGAAUUGAACAAGCUCUUGGUGAUUAAUUUGUUAGAUUGCAUUAUAGGAAACUUGUACCCUGAAAUAUAG